CAUAUGAUUCGCGUGGAGAAUAGGAAGAAAACUCGAGUGGGUAAACUGAAAGGGUGCUCCGGGACAGUGUUGUACAAGGACUGCAUUUAAACAGCAGUUUUGGGGUGCCCCUAUCAUGUUUUAUGCAUCGUCCCGGCACUGUUACAUAUAAAUAUACCGUACACACUGACUCCUGUCCGAAAUCAACGUUAUUCAGAAAGUCAUGGGGAAGUCAUUUUCGCACUUACCACUACAUAAUUUUAAAGAUGAGUACCAUGAUAACCGCUCACAUCAUUCUGAUGUUUUGGAAAGAAAUGGAAUUAUACAUCCUGAUUCACACUGUGAAGAUGGCAGAAAUGGUGAUGUGUCCCAAUUCCCUUAUGUGGAGUUUACUGGGCGAGAUAGUGUAACUUGUCCCACAUGUCAAGGAACUGGUCGAAUUCCACGAGGCCAGGAAAAUCAACUUGUUGCUUUAAUCCCAUACAGUGACCAGAGGCUUAGGCCUAGGAGAACAAAGCUUUAUGUGACAGCUUCAGUGAUCGUUUGCCUGCUACUUUCUGGGCUAGCUGUGUUCUUCCUUUUUCCAAGAUCCAUUGAUGUUUCCUAUGUUGGUGUGAAGUCUGUGUAUGUCAACUAUGACAAAGACAAGCGCAUUGUGUAUCUCAAUAUUACAAAUACAUUGAAUAUAACAAACAAUAACUAUUAUUCUGUGGAAGUUGCAAACAUCAGUGCACAGGUCCAGUUCUCAAAAACUGUUAUUGGCAAAGCCCGACUGAGCAAUUUUACAUCGAUUGGUCCCCUUGACAUGAAACAGAUUGAUUACAUGGUACCCACAGUAAUAGCUGAAGAAAUGAGUUACAUGUAUGAAUAUUGCACCUUGGCUACAAUAAAAGUACAUAAUAUUGUAGUGAUGAUGCAAGUAACGGUGACAACUGCCUACUUCGGUCAUACUGAGCAAGUUUCUCAGGAGAGAUAUCAGUAUGUGGACUGUGGAGGGAAUACUACCUACUUGCAUGGCCAUUCUGAAGUUUUAAAUAUACUCCAGCCACCACAGCAGUAAUGUGUUUAGAAGGUUAAUUUUAAGAGAUGAGGGAAUACCAGUGUUUUUUUUUUAUUAGUACCUUUUAGGUACUCCAACUUGUUUGUACUUGAAGAUUGUAUAGCUGGUCUCACUGUGUUAUUUACCUAGUUUUAUUAAAUUUGAUUUUGUUUUAUUGUUUAUGAGUUCUAUCUUUGAUAAUCUGGUAACCUAAUGUACAGCUCGUAUUACUGUAAGCACAGGUUUAAAAAGAAAAUUCUUUUACUUACCAGUUUGUGUCAGAUACUCUUUUUAUGUUGUAUAUGAACGAUCCAGUUAAUGUUACCAUAAUACAGUUAUAUACUCCAAUGUUGCACACUGCUUUGUUUACAUUUCAUAAUUCAUCUAGGAGCCCUCUUAUGCAAGUACAAGUUGAUGGUUUUAAGCUUAGUAUUCUAAAGGAAGGAAUUAAAAUCCGCACAGUAUGGAUCAAAAAAUGCUGUUUAAUUCAUGAAAUGAAAGAAAUGCUUACUAUUUCUUAUGAAAUUUGCUAAUGCUUACACUUGAAAUAUUUUGAAAGUUUUUUUCAAAAAUUAGGAAACUAUCUUGCAUUGUGUGUAUUAACUUGAUGUUUGAAAACACAUCUGUAACAAUUUAUUUAGUCAGUCAUGUACACUGAGAGAUCAGACAUUUAUGCAUAGUAAAUAAUACAGUAAUGCUUUAUCAGUAAAGAAGAUAUUCAACACAUUACCUAAAAACCAUGUUCAUUUGUUUCGAAAUGUUACAGUAGACUGCUAACCUGAUGUCUGCAUCUUGCAGAGAUAUUCUAACACAUUAAAUGGCAUGUUUUGUUAAAGCUAAAAUAAUGUACAUUAUGCUAGAAAUGUAUUUAUACAGAUCAGUUGUUUAUAUAAGGUAAUAUGUUUCUAAACCUUAUUCUGCUUAAAAUUUUUGCAAUAGUUAAUUUUGAGAUAUUGCAUAUUAUCAUUUACUGGAUUUUUUAAUGGUUUGCUCAGAACCUAUGGCAUUACUGUAUUAGUUAAUCAUGUUAUUUCAUGUAGGCUUGUAUUAUUACCUACAGAUUAAUUUUGGUUUGACAUAAGCAGGGAAUAUAUAAAUAUUUUCAUUUAGUUGUUUUUUUUUUUUCAGCAGAUGAUGACCUUUCACAAGUAUCACAGAUUUUUAUUACUUUAUAAAAUAUGUUUUCUGAAAAGUAAAAACAUUUAAAACAUGUUACAUAAUGCUUAAUUUUGAUGAAAUUUUGAGUACUUGUUUACUCCGGAUAGAUAAGUUGCUGCUUACAACAACUUUGCCCUGAUAAAUUUGCAUUCAACAAGUGGAUGAAUGGAAAGACAAUAGUAAAUGUGGGCUCUGGAAAAUAUUUUUUUUGCUAAUCAUCAAGUUACUUUGUAAAAUGAAGAUGAUAUCUCUUAGAAGUGAUAUUUAAAUAGUUAACAGAAAAAAAUGUAUUUUGAAGAGUUUGAUAAACACUCUGUUUACUCAGCAGUCUUUUUAAUUAGGUUACCUUUGCAAAAUGUAGUGAUUAUAUGGAAUUUUCAUUUUUUUUUAUUGAAUGGAUACUCCAGGCUACCUUAUGUGAAUAAGAACCACAGCAUAACUAAACACAUUACCUGGAUGCAUUGUGCAGACUUUACUGUCAAGCAUUUGUCACUUUCUGUGCCCAAGAGAUUUUCAGUUUUGUAUGCACAAAUACAGCACUCUCAGGUUUUUUUGAAGUUAUAGGCUGAGCAUUUUGAAGUUUAAGAACCCCUAUUUCCUUCUUUUUGAUAGAGCGUUAAGUAUUUAUCUCUUUAGAAAUCCUUGUUUCUUUACUGUGCAGGGAAGGUGCUGACUUUCACACAGGUUUUUCCUAAUAGGUCAAGAGUUCCCGUAGCAUGCCUUUGUGUCUUCAUAGUCACAGCAAAGAAACAGGUCCCCAUUUUUGUAAAAUGCUGUUUAAUUAUUCAAAACCACUUUCAUGGAAUCAAAAGUUUGUGUAACACUUUUAUUUUUUUAGUUUGACCUGCUAUGGUGUUAAUGUUUUACCAAUUCUAAUGUUACUUUAUAGUUUGUUAAAACCUAUUGUGGCAAGUCCCAAAAUAUUUGGAACGAUGUGUACUGAAACCAAUGAUACUGCAUUAUUAUUUUUCUGAGCAAUUUUUUUUUUUUUUUUGUGCAGCAUUACACAUGCUUUUCUAUGCCUGUAGGAACAAAGGUUUCAGAAAGAUGGCAAGGCACAAAUGCACUUCUUUAAAUUUGCUUGUUUUCUGCCACAAGCAAUCUUACUGUAUCUAUGGGAGCAGACCACCUAGGUCAACUGUGCGGCAGUGUCCUGUUUUUGAAUCUUAUUUUCUGUCCCAGUGUUACUGCAUAUGUUUGAAAUACUCCACCGACUUUGAGAUCUGAAAAUAUCCACCAUGUGGUGUUAAUAUAUUAGUAAAUCAGUGCAAAUUGCUUGACUCAAGUUAAGUCAACAUCAUUUUUAGUGGUAUUGGUAUUCCUAUAUAUAAUUAAUGUUUUUGAGGAUUUUAGUACACAACACUACAGUUGUGUUUUGCUAUAUUUUAUUCAACUUCAUUUAUAAUAUUUUUUAAUAUGAGCUCAUCUGUGUGCUUUAAGUUUAUUUUGAAGGAGUUAUUUUGAUAUCUUGGGUUGAUUAAAUUAACAUAAGUGAUAUUUAUGCUAUUGUAUUUGACUAGUGCAAUAGGUUUAUUUUACAAUAACUCAGUAUUUUUGUGUAUUUUCAAUGUUGUAUAUUUUAAACAGCCUCUUUAAGUGUGCAGUUGCAUACAUUCAUUUACAUCGCUUAUUUAAAAAAUAUUUUAGGUUUGCACCCUUUUGUAAUUAGGGAACACUUAAUAAAACAAGACAAAAUGUGUAGUAGGUUCUACAUUUUAAAGAUUAUUUCUGAUAUGCAUUGGUUAAAUGCAAAAUACAAAGGCAAAUGUAUAGAUUGUGAUACUUUAAAAUGGUCUUUUUAGUUCUUGUUUCUAAAAUGUUUCUAAAAUGUAAAGUCAUAAAUGACCUUCAAAAAAGACAUUUGCAACAGUGACUAAUUGAUCAACAUACGAUAUGUGCAAUAUAAAGUAAAAUUAUUCAGGCAUUAAGUUGUCAGUUGAAUUGAAGAUCAACUGACAAGAAAAUAUUAUUUUCCUUUGAGCCUAUUAUUAAAACCUCCAGACUUGCCUUAUAAUAAAUUAGUGCAUUUGGCUGUAAGAGACCAGAUGAUUUUUACUUUAAAUUCAUUUGUUUUAUUAUUUCAGCAAAAAGAGAGUGUUCCACAGUUUAAGCUAUGGAAAGGUAUUAAUUAAUGACAAUUAUAAUAACAUCAGAGUAGCAUUUCUAAUUUUGCACUGUUUAGAAUAAUGUAUUUUUAGUAAUUACCAUAAUUCAUAUGAUAUUAUAGCAAAUUCUAUUAUUUUUGUCCACUGGUCCAUAUUUUUGAACAAUAAACAAUCACAAUUCAGACAUGUAA